AGGAGGAUGAAGAGGAGGAGGUGGAGGAGGAGGGAAGGCGCGCGCGAAAGACGAGGAGGAGCUGUACUGGUGCGCUCCUCGUCGCCGCGGCGGCACGCAGGACCCCCGGAGAGGAAGAGCGCAGCGGCGGCGCGCGCUUACGAGUGAGAGAGAGCGAGUGAGAGAGGGAGAGAGGAAGGGAGACAGAGACAGAUAGAAAGGAGAGAGAGAGAAAGAGAGUGAGUGAGAGACAGAGAGUAGGAACGAGGCGCGCGGUGCGGCGAGCAAGCAAGCGAGCGAGCGAGCGAGAGAUGGACGGCGGCGGUACAGAGUGGCGGUACACGGGGCGCGAGAAAAGCGGUAGUGUGCCGUGGACCACCGCACUGGCAUACCGUGCUUCGUUACGACACGAUACGCUCUCCUACGUACUCGUACUACGUCGACUUUCAAACACCUACCGAACGCACACGGUUCCUCUUGUCUCUCCCUCGCAUCCAUUCGAUUUCGAAUCGCAUCGUUACGACGACGAGUGCCAAGUGUAGUGUGCGGACAUCAUCGAGACUUGUAACUUACCGUAGUUGAAUUGAAAAAUUGUUAGCAUAGUUUGAUAAAAGGGGAGACGUUGCUCUCCAAGACGUUUCUUUCGUCGGGUGUCACGACUGACAGACAGAAACUGACAGAGAGAGAGAAAGAAAAAGAGUAAGACAUUGACAGAAGUAAAGAGAUAGAGAAAGAAAGAGAGACAGAGAGAGAUAAAGAGAAAGAAAGAAAAAAAAGAGACGGCCACCGGCCACCGGCUUUUAUAGCCUCAUAUUAUUGCCCCCCAUUUUAUUACAUCGUAACCAUUUAACGAUCAUCCUUUCCAAAAGUGGCCCGAAAGCACACGUUGAGUUUAGCGAAACCGCUCGGCUCCUCGACCGACGCGAUGAAUAUCGUUCGGCGUCGUUUACCGCCUACGGCUUACUGACGUCCCGCGCGACGAAUCUAUCCCCUCUCCUUUUUCUCAAUGACUUUUACGAGACCCUAAAAGCGGUUUAAUGCUACUUCUCUCGUUUCACGUCGUUCCGACGUCGUCUCGCUUUUUGGCGCGAAACCGGCCGCACCGGGCUGGUUAACGAUCUUUAUCGAUAAAAAGAUAGAGAGAAAAAGAGAGAGAGAACGAAAACGAGACAGAAAGAGAGAGAGAGAGAGAGAGAGAGAGAGAGAGAGAGAAAUUCUCUGAUCGAAUCGUUAUCUGGAUCAUAAGAAAAAAAGGUUACAUUAUAAGUAGCAAGCAAAGCAGGAAGAGAAGUAGAGAAGUAUUGGGAGAGGACAAUUCUCUCGAGUGGCCGUGUUAAAGUGCAAGUGAUUCAAAAUACCCGGGAUAAUGAACUCGUACUUUGAGCAAAGCCCGGGUGGCUUCUACGGAAGCCAUCAUCAUCAGACCGGUGCUGCGAGUCAGCAUCACGAUCCCGCAACAGCGGCAUAUCGAAGCUUUCCUCUUGGGCUAGGUAUGUCGCCGUACGCUUCCAGUCAGCAUCAUCAUCACACGUCCGGUACAUUGGGUAUACAUCCCGGGGGUGGUAGCAACACGAGACCACCUCAGGAUUCGCCGUACGACGCGAGCGUCGCGACGGCCUGUAAGCUCUACUCGACGACGCCCGAGGCAACCGGACACACGACCUCAUCUUACUCGACGACCGCGAGCAAAGAUUGCAAACAACAAGACCAAACAUCGGCCCAUCAGAAUGGCUAUGCCGCGGCGAUGGCCGUGGCUGCCGUCAAGGACGUUUGGCAGUCGGCGACCUCUGCUACCAACGGUCAGACCAAUUCGGUCGUACGUCCUUCCGCCUGUACGCCCGAGGGCACGAGGGUCGGUACCUACGGCGGCCUCGUGGGCGGCGAUCCGGCAUCGAGUCCCGGCAACAACGGCACCUCGAGGUCCCUUGCCUCCACCUGGAACACCUGCAGUCUGAACUCGUCCGCGAGCCAACCGGUCGCCACGCAACUCCAUCAGCAACCCAGCAAUCAUACCUUCUACCCCUGGAUGGCUAUAGCAGGUAAGGACGAUAUUGCUAAGCCACAUUGGACAUGGUUGCAAGGAGCGAACGGACUGCGCAGGCGCGGUCGACAGACCUACACGCGCUAUCAAACGCUGGAACUGGAGAAGGAAUUCCACACGAAUCACUACCUCACCAGGCGGAGGCGGAUCGAGAUGGCACACGCGCUCUGCCUGACGGAACGGCAGAUCAAGAUAUGGUUUCAGAAUCGACGGAUGAAGCUGAAGAAGGAGAUACAGGCGAUAAAGGAAUUGAACGAACAAGAAAAGCAAGCGCAGGCGCAGAAAGCAGCGGCGGCAGCGGCCGCGGCUGCGCAUCAGCAACAAAGCGGCGGUGGGGGUCCUGAGGGGGGUAACUAGGGGUACGCCCUACACCGUAGCCCCCCUGACCACCCCACCGCGAAUCCACACCACCCUCUGCUAGCGCCUCAAUGUACACAGCUAUACUAAGGUGAGUGGCAGGCCGCACCCGCUGUCUCUGUAAUGCCAAAUAGAUGGUCGACGUGCGUAUCCGUCGAUCGUCAAUUUAUCGGUUGCGGCGAAUCAGAUGCUGCACCGGUGAGUGACGAACCCCCCGGACCUCCCGUAGCUCACUUUGACCAAUAUUCUCCUAACGCACAUAUGUACACACAGACACAUACAUAUAGACAUAUUGUACAUGCGCAAACACAUAGCCACACACAAAGAGAGAGAGAGAGAGAGAGAGAGAGAGAACGAGAGAGAGAGAGAGAGAGAGAGAGAGAGAGAGAGAAAGAGAGACUUGCACACGAAACAUAUACACGAAAGCUCGAUAUCCAAAACGUACAUAGGAUGUACGCACCCGUACUAUAGUUUAGCACUGUUGUGUAGUUGAUAUCCCAUAGCCAGAAUUCCUCUUCGGUCUCUGUCCGUAGCUUCAGCUUUCUCGUAGUAUACACGUAGAAAUGGGCAGAGUGAGCUUUCGACACGGUCACCAUUAUUUUCACGGGACACGCUCGUCUCGAUUCUGAGGCGGAUUUUUUGUCGACGUCGCGACGUCUUUCGUUCGGCGUCGCUUCCUUUCGGCAACAUAUUUUCUCGAGAUCGUUCGAAGCGAAACACUAUACUUUGACGAGAUCCGAGCUUCCUCGAGAUCAUCGUUGUCGUUUUUAUCACCGUCGUCGUCAUCGUCGUCGUCGUGGUCUUCGUCGUCGUCGUCGUCGUCGUCGUCGUCGUCGUCGUCGUUAUUGUCUUGGGGGAUCGACGAGAUAGCAACGUUUUUGCGUACGCGUUGCGGACGACAAACGACUAGAGCUCGUUCGUGAGCCUCUACGAAACCUAAAUACGUAAUGAAGGCUAAACAAGUAUUCGUAAGAUAGUUAUUAGCGAGUAGAGAGUAAAUAAAAAAUAAAGAUGGAAGAUUAAUUAAUGGAGGAAUGGUCGGGGAGCGAAAACAAUGCCGCGAAAAACAACAGGCUCGUACGUGAGCUACGAUGAAUUUCUUUUCGCGGCUCGAUGUACAAAUACCGUAGGAGUACGUUCUUCUUCUUUUACUAUUCCCUAAUCUUCUUCUUUUUCUUCUUCGUCUAUCUCUAUUUCUAUUUCUCUUUUUUAUUAUUAAUGUAUUAUUUUGUACUUCCAAAUUUAUCGUCCAAUUGAUUACAAAACCUGUGCUCGCGCACGCAUUUACUUUCGAACGAUCCGAUUGAAUGAAUUGUUAACGGCGCUGUUAUGUUUUUGUUAUUUUUAUUAAGAUUGCGAAACGACACGAGAAUACAUUUCCGUCGUCCGUAACUUUAAAAAAUUACGCGUACGAAAUAGUUUCUUUCUUGUGAUCCUUGAAUGAACGCGACGGAUGACGGACAAGUGAUUCUUUCGAUCGAUACAAAAUGUUAUUUUAUGUUGAUAUGUUCGCGAUAAGAAUUUUGUUAAUAUUAUAUAAAAACUUUUA